GCAUUUCGUGGUUGGCGGAAGUGACGCAUCGGAGCCCCAGUAUGUUUGUUUUCCUCCGAGGUUUCUGUUUCCGCCGUGUUGACCUCCGCUAGCACAACAUAUCCCACUUUAUUAUCGCUCUCCUCCCAGAGAUUCUCCACACAGCUCUGCCGGCUGUGGUUAAAGCAGCGAACCUGUGCGCUAUGGCCCGUUCGCCCAGCUGUUUCUCUAGCCUUAGCCAGGGGGAGCGAGCUGCCUAGCGAGGUUUAUUUUUAGCAGCAGCCGCGGCUCGCCAACUUUAGCGGCUCCAGCCUAGCCUUUAGCCUGUUAGCUCUCUCACAUCUCCACCACCACCACCAUCAUCUCCAUCAUCACCAGGAUUCAGACAGAUGGACCAACAAGCCAAGUCCUAUAUGUUUGCUAGUUUGACACGGCCCCACUCGGAGCAGCUGUUGCAAGGCCUCCAGCUGCUGAGACAAGACCAUGAGCUGUGUGACAUCGUACUGCGAGUGGGUGAUGUCAAGAUCCAUGCCCAUAAAGUGGUACUCGCCAGCAUCAGCCCAUACUUCAAGGCUAUGUUUACAGGCAGUCUUUCUGAGAAGGAGACAUCAGAGGUUGAGUUCCAGUGCAUUGAUGAAGCUGCUCUGCAGGCCAUUGUUGAAUAUGCCUACACUGGGACCGUUUUUAUUUCCCAGGAAACAGUAGAGUCUCUUCUUCCAGCUGCAAACCUCCUCCAGGUCAAACUUGUGCUGAAGGAGUGCUGCAGCUUCCUGGAGAGUCAGCUGGAUGCAGGGAAUUGUAUUGGCAUUUCCCGCUUUGCCGAAAUGUACGGCUGCCAUGAUCUGUGCCUCGCGGCCAGUAAGUUCAUCUGUCAAAAUUUUGAGGAGGUCUGUCAGACAGAGGAGUUCUUUGAACUGACAAGAGAAGAACUGGAUGAGAUAGUAUCCAAUGACUGUUUGAAGGUGGUCACAGAAGAGACUGUGUUCUACGCUCUGGAGUCCUGGAUUAAAUAUGAUCUGACAGAGAGACAGCAGUACCUGGCUCAGUUGCUCCACUGUGUACGACUGCCGCUGCUUAGUGUGAAGUUUCUCACUCGACUCUACGAAGCCAACCACCUUGUCCGUGAUGACCAUGCCUGCAAGCACCUUCUCAAUGAGGCCCUCAAAUACCAUUUCAUGCCUGAGCACCGUCUCUCCUACCAGACUGUACUGUCUACAAGACCACGCUGUGCCCCCAAGGUCCUUCUUGCAGUAGGAGGCAAGGCAGGGCUCUUCGCCACAUUGGAAAGUAUGGAGAUGUACUUCCCCCAGACCGACUCCUGGAUUGGGCUGGCCCCACUCAGCGUGCCCCGCUAUGAGUUUGGAGUCGCAGUACUGGACCAGAAAGUGUACGUGGUGGGUGGCAUUGCCACACACAUGCGGCAGGGCAUCAGCUAUAGACGCCAUGAAAGCACAGUGGAGAAGUGGGACCCAGACAGCAACACUUGGUCGUCUGUGGACCGGAUGGCAGAGUGUCGGAGCACCCUGGGAGUGGUGGUGUUAGCAGGGGAGCUGUAUGCCCUUGGAGGCUAUGAUGGCCAAUAUUACCUCCAAUCAGUGGAGAAGUAUGUGCCCAAAGUGAAAGAGUGGCAACCAGUGGCGCCCAUGACAAAGUCACGCAGUUGCUUUGCCACGGCAGUUCUGGACGGUAUGGUUUAUGCCAUUGGAGGCUACGGUCCUGCCCAUAUGAACAGUGUGGAGCGCUACGACCCCAGCAAGGAUGCCUGGGAAAUGGUAGCAUCUAUGGCUAAUAAAAGAAUAAACUUUGGAGUGGGAGUCAUGUUGGGGUUCAUAUUUGUGGUUGGAGGUCACAAUGGUGUUUCACACCUGUCUAGCAUCGAAAGAUACGACCCCCACCAGAACCAGUGGACAGCAUGUCGACCCAUGAAUGAACCUCGCACAGGAGUUGGCUCUGCAGUUGUGGACAACUACCUCUAUGUAGUGGGCGGUCAUUCAGGAUCUUCUUACCUGAACACAGUACAGCGCUAUGACCCUAUUUCGGACAGCUGGCUGGACUCCAAUGGAAUGAUGUACUGUCGUUGUAACUUUGGCCUGACCGCUCUUUGACCGUAGGCACCUGUGUAAUAGGUGUAGGAUACACUGUAAAAGAGAGACAAAAAUUGUUGGCAUUUAUUUUGUCUAUGUCCUAACUUGCUACCGUGUUCCUCAGAGGGAGCCACGUAGGAAGCAAGACCAGGAGAAGCUUGGAUCAGAAAGGAAUGUUGGAUAAUGUGACCCUCCACUGUUGUAAGAGUGUUGCCGAACACUCAGGAGUUCUGGAGAGAGAAUUCAGCUUGGGUUUUCUGGGGUGGCAUUUUUGGUGGAAAUGCCAUUCCCUCUGAGUACUUUCCUUUACCUGUAGACAUAAGGGUGUUUCUAGCUACAGAUGGCGCUGCUUUUUUUCUGGGUCUAUGCCUGUUUAUUAUAUAUUUGCAUGUCACAGAAAGAAUGAAGAGUGUGUGCGUGUGUGCACAAGACACAAGGGGAGCAAGCGCUCAGUACGUGCAAUACUGCCACUGUUACUUAGGCCUGAACGGCCUUCGACUGUAGGCGCCUGUGUGUUAGGGUGUAGGGUACACUGUAUGAAAGGAAAGACAAAAUUGUUUGCAUUUAUUUUGUCUGUGUCCCAUUUCAUAUUUGCGACGUAAAUGAAUGCAUUUACGUGCACUCUGUUUAUAAUAGGAUUACUGCAGUUAUCUGAUUAUUCAUGUAGUCAUGUAAGCAGCAUUCUCUGAUUUCUUAGAUCAGAGUAAAGUCAUAAAUAUAAAUCGGAUUAAGGAAUCUCCUGAAGAGAGAUGGAUUUUAGGUCAAUAAUCGUACUUCUCAGUCCGUCUAUAUACUUCAAGAAUAUAACCAGACGAUUUCUCAGUCUGUGCAUGCAUGAAAACAGACUGUGCUACUGGAAAUAAGUGAGGAGCAUUAACUAAACUAAGCACCUGCAAGAUAACGACAAAACACUUUUGGAGUGACGCUGAAAUUGAAGGAUUAAAUGAAAUUAUCCUCAUCUUCUAGCUGAUAUAUGUUCAUUGUUCAGCUCAACUUUUAAUAGUUGAGCUGUUAAAAAAAACUUUAAAAAGAACUGCAGCAUGAAUUUUAGGUUUUACAUCAUGUUAAUGCCACGUCUUAUUCUGUGAAUUUAUUGGCUGGUUCCAAAGCAUAUAAACCAUAUAAACUCACUGUCCCUUUAUCACAUUAACCUAUUUAAACACAUUGAUCAGAUUACUGACAAACUCUAAUGUUCUGCAAUAUUCAGAUUGUGAAGUGCAAAAAAAAAAAAGUGCUUACUGUUCCUCUGAGGGACCCAGUUAAAUAGAAGGGGCCAAACAAAAAAAAAAGAGCUUGAAUCAGAAAGAAAUGUUCCAUAAUAUGACCCACUGUAGCUGUAGAAAAACUUCAAAACACUCCAAGUUGCGGGAGAGAGAGGAUUAAAUUUUGCUGUGGAAUUUCCUGUAGAUAUCCCAGUUCAGUCCAGUAGAUCGGAGCCAAUCCAGGCACAUUUUGAUGGAUUGGAUAUUGGCUAUUUUAGGCCAUAUCAUUUCUGUUCUGUGUUACAGCCUGCAAUAGUGAGAAGUGUUCUUAGUUGGUAACAGAACAAUUUUAUAAAACUUUAUAAAACUUAUAAGCUCUGUUUUACCAAAGAAAGUACUGCACACUUUUCAAAUCAGCGCUACACUAUCGUAUUUUACAUACUAUAAGGCGCACCACGCCAUAAGGUGCACUAUCAAUUAACAUAAGGAUUAUAAGAUGCAUUUUAAGCGACAAUACUAAGGACCAAAGGUGUCCCCAUGUUUCCGUUUUAAUGGGGAAGCUGGGGGAAGCGCCUUAAAAAAAAAACAAUUUCAAGGUCAAACGCUUGUUGGCUGUUAAUCUACACAGAUACCUCUCCUCAAAACUGUUUAUUUGGGUGAGUAAAGCACUUAGCUUAGAUUUACGGUAUUGUCAGCAGCACAGUUAGCUGCAAAAAUGAUAUUUCCAGGCCUGUUACAGUUAUUGUUUCCAAAUAAAUAAUAUAUACACACAAUAAUAUUAUAUUUUUGGACCAUUUAUGCCACUGAUUUAAUGAUAAUUAAAUACCCUAAUAUUAAUGCAAUUAUUUAUUUUAAGGAGCAACAAACCAUUAACAAGAAUAUUCGGACACUGGGAUUAUAAUACAAUUAAAUCUUAAAUAAGAUAAAAAGGCAGUUUUUAAACUAGGUUGACAUGCUGGCUUGUGCAUGUUAAAGGGCUCUGCGAAAAAAAAUAUGUCUAUAUAUUAGACAAUGUCUUACAAUGACAAUUGUCAAGGCCUAGACAGCUUUCAGUAUGUGUCCCAUUAUAUACAUGCCACAAGGAAAUCAUUAGUAUGCAUUAUUAAAGAAAUAGUACAGAAUGUUACAUUUAUAUAAAAUAUUACUAAAAAUACUAAAAUGAUUAUCUUAUAAUAAUGAUUAUUAUAAAAUGAUCUUGUUCAGACUUGUUCAAAUAAUCAGAUUUAGGUUGAAAAUGACUGGACUGGGACAUCUCAAGGAAUUCCUAGAUGGAGCUGCAUUAUUUUUGUUUAUCAGUGGGUCUAUGUCUCCAUAUGAUACAUUUAUAUGGCCAAAUGUUUGUGGACAUUCCUUCAAAUGAAUGCAUUCAGCUAGGUUUUAUUGCACUCAUUGUUGACACAAAUGUGCACAUGCACACACACAGCUUGUCUAGUCUUUGUAGCGAAGUAUUGCCAACAGAUUGGGACUCUCUGGAGCAGAUAAGCAAACAUCAACAACAUUAUCAUUUGCGUAUUGCUAGGCAUGGGUUAGAUCGGUGGAGCAGUGGAUCUGGAACUGUGUUCUCUGGAAUGAUGGUGCUCCAUCCAAUAAUGUUAAGAUGAUUUAAAGAGUUGGGAAUAAGGGGAGUGGUGAUCAUCUAUUUAACAUUCUAACCUUCCUAACAAUUUGCUAAUGGAAAUCUUGUCGCUGAAUUCAAUCAGCUCCUACUAGCAAUGCUCCAAAUCUGUAGUGAAAAUCUUUCCUUUGGCAGUAGGGGGACGAUAGGAUGAUUUUUUUUAAUUCCCUUUAUUUAAAAGGAUACAGUGAACAAGCAGGUGUCCCAGUACUUUUUUUCCAUGUAGUGAAUGUAUGCAUGUCACAGAAAGAAUGGUGUGUGUUUGUGUGUGUGUGUGUCUGCGUGCAGGACAAGCUCUCAGACCCUGUUGAUUGGCUGAGUUUGAAAUGUCUGCAUUAAAACAGUGCUUCACAGAAAAAGUGGAAACAGAUUAAUCUCACUUAAAAAGGGCUGCCUUUCUUUCUCUUAUAUGUAGUUUGACUUAAUAUAGAAUAUAUUAAAUCUCUAGUGCAUUGCCUGUAAAUGUUAUAUGCACUGGGUUACUGAGUGUGUGUAGGUGUCUGUUGACUGAAUAUAGUCAUGUUUCACUACAGUCUCUUAAGAAAUCUUCCAAGUUCUGCACAACUCAUCCUUUUCUUGGUAGCUGUAAAAGUUUUUUUUUUUAUUAUUCUGUAAAAACAUCCCUUCAAAUAUUUUCUUCAUUGUUUUUUUGUUAAGCUUUGAAUGUGCCCAUGCCUUUUUCAUUUCUUAAUUAUUGUAAAGAUAAAGUUGUACAGAGAAGCUAUUGGUGCUAGUUAACAAUUCAGGUCUUUUUGUCAGUGUCAUUUUGCGUUUUGUUUUAUUUUUUUGCCAUGUUAGUUAUUACUUUUUAUUUUCUCAAUGUUGUGAUGAUCAUAAUUGGUCUGUCCUAUAAUCAUUCUGACUUUGCCCGUUUGUGUACCUGAAUCUGCAAACGUACUACGUUUUCCAGACAUGAUUGACCAGUUUCACGAGAAAUGUGCAUAGUAGCUAACACACAAAGACAGAUGUCUAAUAAACUUGAGAGUGAGUUUGAAACAA